AUGGCCAACGCUGGGAGGAAGCUCCCCUAUGCGUUCCUGCUGCUGCUGGCCCUUGCAGCCGGCGUGCUGUGCGUCGUCGUCCUGCAAAAGGUGAGGGAGCAGCGCAUCUUUGCCGGACGUCUCCAGGAACGUGACCGGCAGCUUGUCUCCCUGCGGAUCCUCCUCCAGAAAGAGAAGGCAUUUAACAGAGAGAUGAAGAGGAAGUUGGACGAAAUGAAAGCCACAACCACUUCACUUAGAACUCAGAAAAUAGACCAGAAAACCAAGCUCAAGGGUCUGGAAGCCACAGUAGCAAAUCUUAAGAAGACUCAAAAAGAAAAGGAAGCAGCUCUCGCAGAGAAAGACAACCGCAUCAACCUAAUGGAAGAGGCAGCCACAAAUCUUAAGAAGGCUCGAAGAGAACUGGAGGCCACUCUCACAGAGAAAGACAGACACAUCAGACAAAUGGAUGAAAAUGCCACAAAUGCUACGAACACUCAAAAAGAAUUGGAAGCAGUUCUCAGGGAGAAAGACAGCCGUAUCAGGCAAAUGGAAGAGAAAGCCAUAGGUUCAAACCCUGACCAGAUGGCAGCUCUGAUGGAAAUCCUGCAGUGGAAGGAGGCUGAACUUGAAGAGAUCAAGACUAGGUUCCAAGAUUUCAAGAAAACAGACAGAGUGGAUGUGCAUAAUAAGAGCACUCCUGUGCAAACAAACAAUACUAGCACAACACCUAACAUUGUGGUAGUAAAAAGGUCUAUGAACUCAAGCAUUGUGGCUAUUCCCGUCAAAUCUGAAGAAAAGAUAUCUGCCAAUACCACAGUAGUAGAAAGUGCCAAGCCUGAAGAAAAGAGGCCUGCCAAUACCACAGUUGUCGAAAGUGCCAAGCCUGAAGAAAAGAGGCCUGCCAAUAACACAGUAGUAGAAAGUGCCAAGCCUGAAGAAAAGAGACUUGCCAAUACCACAGUAGUAGAAAGUAAGCGCUCAAAAGACAGAUCUUUAGAAGAAAAGCCAGUGAAGUCCGCAACUAAUAUGGAAGAUGAUGGCAUACAAGGAAACUUAAAUGAUUUUGAUGACGAUAUAGAUUUUGAUGAUAUUUAUGGAGAAAGUCGUUCAAAAAAAUCUGGAUCCCCACGAAGGAACAAGAAGUUUAUGACCAACGAUCUGGAUGGCAUUGGACAGUCUGGGAACUCCCUAGAUCAGGACAGCGAUAGGGUUCGAUACAAUAGACUGCUGGAGAAGGAAACUGCUAAACUUUCCAAGGAAACCAAGAAGAACAACACUAAUGGUUCCUUGGAGAAGACCUCCAAAGCUAGCUUAGAUCAUGGUGGCCACACCACAUCAGAAAAAGUUAUGCAAGGGAUGGCUGGUGCUGCUGAUGUGAAGCCCAGCAUCAAUAUGCUACUGAACAAUGAUGAGGCAAAACAGCAAAACAGGAAGCAGAAGAAGAAAAAGUCUAAAUCCAAAAAGAAGAAGAUGGCUGAUACUGCAGAUAUUAAUGUUGGUGGAGAAGUUGCUAAACAGAGGGCGCCACAUGCAACAUCGAUCUGA